GUCUUAUCUCUAAAACCCUUUGACAACGGUCGUGUUAUUCUGUAGAGACGAUGAUGAGAUCAGUGCCUAUUUCUUCAUCUUCCAGUUUCCUUCUCGAUCAGAACGAUCUUCUUCUUCAUCAUCAUCAAUGUCCAGCGAGAGUUGUUGGUUCUUCGACUCCGACGAUCUGUUGUUCUUCGCGAAGCAAUUCUUAUAUACCAAAGCUCGAACCUUUUAGCAGAACCAAGUUCGAUCGACUCGUCAGAGACCCUCCCUUGAUCCAAAAGUCCGAAAACGAGCUUGCUGAUUACUGUUCAACCCUCGAAGGAGACCCGUCCUAUAGCUGUUGGAGAGCCUACUUUGAACUCAAAGAUCUCGAAAAAAAGUAUCCAAAACAAGAGGUAGAGAAGCUGAUAAUUCAAGCGGGCGGAGUAAAAACUCUGAUCGGCUGCUUGCAUGGAAUAUCAGAAAUUCACAGAAACAAGAAGGAAACCGAUGGAUCGGCCAAGACAUUGAUCGAAGAGAAAACUACAGAGAGACCUCUUCAUGUGCCGGAUGGAUUGCCAAAAUCAACAGAAGAGCUCGAAGAAGAAGAGAAAGCAAAAAUGCCUGAUUCAGCUUUCACACGAAUGCUCAGAACCAAGGGGAGGUUCCCUGCCUGGUACUCUCCUGCACCCGAUCACGAAACAGAUUGAUGUAUCAAUAUAUACAUGAACUCGACGAUAGUGACUUGAAGUUAUUAUGUAUUUUUUGAGUGGUUGUGCUCUGUAAAUGUUUUGUUCAAGUUUGAUAUUUGGGAUUUUGGUUUGAUCCUUUAUUGUGCAAACAAGGCUCAAUCUAUAACCUCUCUGUGUCUUUUUUUAUUUCUUUCUUAUUGUGUGUAUGGUUUUUGAACUAGAAAUUAGUUUGGGUUGAAGAUGGUUGUCCAUUUUGGGAUAAUUUUAAUGUUUGUAUGAAUCUAUGAAUUAAAUGGAAUUUCAGUGGCAAAGGCAGCCAUUAAAAUCA